AUGGAUCGUUCAAUUGACACGAAUCCAUCAAGCAUAGAAAAAGCGGAAUUUUAUAUAACAACAACCAAUGACUCUGGUUUAGAUACAGACGUUGACGUCUCCACUCAACUCAUUCCAUCGGCUAAUCAUGAUAUUAAUUCAACAAUAAUUAUUGCUCCAUCACCAAACGAUGAUAACUUAACUGUCACACCUGCAUUUCCAAAUUUUCCAACAGAUGAAGAAGUUGUUAUCGAGCGAGAAUCCAUAAUUCAUCUUGAACCAUCUAGUGAUAUGUCAAUUCAAGAUACCAAUUCUAAUUCACUCUUACAAAAUACUCCACAUUCAUCACACCAAAAUUUUCAGAUUCUCAGUGAACUCAAGUAUUUACUUAAAUCCACAAAUUCAUUGGCUACGCCACAAGCAGUAGUACAAGAAUCGCAAGAGGCAGAUUCAGCUAUAAAACGCCGAUCAGUGCAAUCCGAUGAAGAUACAUUGAAUAAUAAUACAAGACUACUAAUUGAAGGUUUAACAUCAUACGAAGCCAAAUCACUUGGCGCAGCAGAACGUCGUUCAAAUGCAGCACGUCUUCAGCGUUUAUCAGAAACGCAUAUUGAAGCGUAUUCUCCUUCUCCAAGACCAUCAGCUAUUCUCAAUAUUCAACAUGAAUAUCAGACUAAUUCAGAUCAUCUUCCAGGUGUAAUUUGGUCGUUUCUUGCAGCUUAUGCGUUUAGCAUUAUUAUAUUUCUAACUAAACUUUGUAACAUCGAUCUCAUCUUUGGUUUUUUUCUCCAAAUGCUUGUUCAAGUCAUUGCAUUUUCUGUCUAUGCUUUCUACAAAAGUUAUCAUCUAUUAGGAUCAAAUGGAUAUCAAAUUGCAAUUAUUCCUCGUGCUCUAUUAAUUGGUAUUGGUACACUGACUUCGUUUCUUGCUUAUUAUUAUAUAACAUUACCUGAUCUGUCAGCUAUAAGACAAACUCAAGUUAUAUUGACUAUUAUUCUCUCAAUAGUUAUUCUUCAUGAGCGGAUUACAAUAUCACGUAUUAUUGCUUUUAUUUUAAUACUUAUUGCUGUUAUCAUUCUUAUUCGACCGAAUACAUUUGGAAUACCAUUGGUUUCAGCAUUCAAUUUAACCCAUCAUAAAACUUCUUGGGUCCCUUAUUCAUCAUCAUGGAAUUAUAUUCUUGGUAUUAGUUUUGCACUUUGUACGGCUGUUACUUAUAGUAUUGCAUCAAUGAUGAAUAAAAUUUAUUUUACUACUCAACAUUUACAUAAUACUGUUUUAUGUUUUUGGUCAGCACUAUUCGGAUUAAUUAUAUCCACGAUUCUUGUCUAUGUAACACAUUUUGUUUUAAAAGAUGCCCGAUCAUUUCCUCAUGAUUGGCGACUAUUUGCUGGUAUUGGACUUGGAUUAGCAUCGAUUUUUGUUUUUAUUGCCAAUCAAAAAGCAAUAAAGCGUGAACGUUCUUCAAUAGUAACAUUAAUUUAUUCAACAGAUAUUAUACUUGCAUUAAUCUUACAAAAUCUAUUCACACAUAUCAAGAGUGAUCUAAUUAUUAUUAUAGGUUGUAUAUUGAUCUUAGUAUCUGUUUUGAUCAUUUGUAUCGAAGUAUUAUUAGCUGAAAAGCAUAAAAAUAAAUUAUCAACCAAUGGAACACCAGAAGAAAACAUUAAUAAUGAAAAUAAUACUUUACAGAUGCCAUCAAGUUUAACAACAACUCAAAACAGUUCCUAA